AUGAUUGAUACUGAUUAACAAAAUCAACAAACUAGAAGUGGUCAAUCUUAAGGCACCUACUAAAUAAUAAAAUCAAACUAAGUAGAACUAUCUAUUCAAAAUAAAUUGAUUGAAUAAGAUGUUGACUAUCCUAAAGUGCCUUAAUCAAGAAAUAAAGAAAAAUUAUUGUGUACUAAAUGCAAUCAAGUGGUUGAAACAGAUGUUUUAUUUGAGAUGGGUAGGUGUAGUUAUAUAUUAAUGUUCAUUUUAAUAGUAGGCAUAGUAACAGCUGUCCUUGCUUUCUUACCUUGUGUUCUAGAUGGAUGUAAAGAUGCUAAACAUAGAUGUUCAAAAUGUACAAAACUUAUAGGAACAAAGCAAUUUAUGUGUGGAUGA